AUGGCAGCCCUGCACUGUCUGGGAGCCAUCUUUGAGGCACCAGUUGUUCAUGCCUCUCCACUCUUCCCGGCACAGAUCAACUCCACGGUGAACCUGUCGGGGCUGCACUCAGUGAGCAGCUCAGAUGACGUGAAGCCGCCGUUGGGCAUGCGGGGGGUUCCCUGCCACCCCCACGGUGGCAUGAUGCCUGGGAAGCGCCUCUGCGCCAUCUGUGGGGACAGGUCAUCAGGUAAGCACUAUGGCGUGUACAGCUGUGAGGGCUGCAAGGGUUUCUUCAAGCGGACGAUCCGCAAGGACCUGACCUAUACGUGCCGGGACAACAAGGACUGCGUGGUGGACAAGCGCCAGCGCAACCGCUGCCAGUACUGCCGCUACCAGAAGUGCUUGGCCACCGGCAUGAAGCGCGAAGCGGUGCAGGAGGAGCGGCAGCGGGGCAAGGAGAAGGAGGGGGACAAUGAGCUGGGGGCCAGCGCCAACGAGGAAAUGCCAGUGGAGAAGAUCCUGGACGCUGAGCUGGCCGUGGCGCAGAAGUCAGACCAAAGCGGUCUGGAGAUGGAAAUGAUGGAGGGUAGAGGGGGUUGGAGAUUGUGGGGGGCUGGCCCAGUAGUGACCAAGUUCCCCUGGCUUCUGGCAGGCUGGAAUGAGCUGCUGAUCGCGUCAUUCUCGCACCGCUCCAUCUCGGUGAAGGACGGCAUCCUCCUGGCCACAGGGCUGCACGUGCAUCGCAACAGUGCCCACAGCGCCGGUGUCGGUGCCAUCUUUGACAGGGUGCUGACGGAGCUGGUGUCCAAAAUGCGGGACAUGCGCAUGGACAAGACGGAGCUGGGCUGUCUGCGCGCCAUCAUCCUCUUCAACCCAGACGCCAAGGGGCUGUCGAACCCGGGGGAGGUAGAGCUGCUGCGGGAGAAGGUGUACGCAUCGCUGGAGUCCUACUGCAAGCAGAAGUACCCGGAACAGCAGGGCAGGUACGGGAGGCCCCCCCUCCCCACCAGCCUGGCUGUGAGCAAGGGGGAACCUAGGCCGGCGUCCAGCCCCUGCCUGAACCUGAUGGCUUCUGCAGAUGUGUUUGUGCCUGGAGCUGGGGAGCCGGUGGACGUGCUGAAGGUGCUGGAGCUGCAGGCGCUGCCGGCGGGCGUGAAGAGGACGGCUGGCUUCUGCCCGCAGCGGCGUGGGGCCCCGGGGCCCGACCAGGCUUAUCGCAUCUCGCGGCAGGCCCAGCUCAGCGCCCCCACCCGCCAGCUCUUCUCAGUGGAAUAUUUCCCCACUUUGUGUCCCCAGUGGGAUGUCCCAUCUUCCCCCAUAUCUUGA